AUGUCCAGUCGGGAGGGCCAAGAGCUUGCCCUGCGUCAACCCUUUGACUGGGUCGCCUAUGACACCUACCCAAACAUUGACACCUCACCGAAUCUAGCCGGAGAUGACUUCUUACUAGUCACCCAAUUGUCGGUCUCGUCAGCCCUAGACGGAGCAAAUUCUCAAUCGCCCUCCCUCGCGAUUGAAGCCUUCCCAGCGGCGAGGUUGCUCGUCCCUGAUCCUCACGCCGUAAGAUCUGAAUUAGCCGCCGAUCUUGUUCCGAUCGAGCUCCUCGACAGUGCGCAAAUGGGGUAUGGUCAGGAGGGCCAAGAGCUUGUCCUGCGUCAGGCCCCUCGACUGGGUCGCCUCCUUCUUGACAAUUUGAGAAGGGUCUGCGUCUUCUUCUUCUUCUUCGCUUUGGUGGUAGCGACAUUGACCUACGGGAGAUCCGAUUGA